AUGUAUGUGCUUAUGCAGUGUCGACUAGCAUCAGGUCCUCGCCCAGUGGUCUCCAACCCCGUCGACGUGCUCACGUAUGUGGCCUGGAAGCUGUCCGGGUUCCCGGCCAGCAGGGUGAUUGGGUCCGGGACGAACCUCGAUUCGUCCAGGUUCAGGUUCCUCGUCGCCGAGCACCUCGACGUCAACGCGCAGGACGUCCAGGCAUACAUGGUGGGGGAGCACGGCGACAGCUCGCUGGCGAUCUGGUCGACCAUUAGUGUCGCCGGGAUGCCGGCUUUCAAGUCGCUGCGGGACAGCCACCAUUCCUUCGACGAGGCGGCGCUGGAGGGCAUCAGACGUGCCGUGGUGGGCGGCGCCUACGAGGUGAUCGGACUGAAGGGAUACACCUCCUGGGCCAUCGGCUACUCCGUCGCCAGUUUGGCGGCCUCCCUCCUCCGUGACCAGCGCCGGCGGGUGCACCCAGUCUCCGUCCUCGCCUCCGGCUUCCACGGAAUCUCGGACGGCCAUGAUGUGUUCCUCAGCCUCCCCGCCCGGCUCGGCCGCGGCGGCGUCCUCGGCGUCGCCGAGAUGGACCUCACCGAGGUCGAGGCCGCGCAGCUCCGGCGCUCCGCAAAGACGCUCUGGGAGAACUGCCAGCUCCUCGAUCUCUGA